AUGUCAGGUGUCAUUGGUGGACACUCGCUUCACAGCUCAUCAAAUGACAAUGGUACCCGAUUGUUGGACUUUUGCAUUGCCCACCAACUUACCAUCGGUGGCACUAUGUUUCAGCAAAAGGAUAUACAUAAAGGUACGUGGAGAUCAUCUAAUGGUCGUACUGUAAACCAAAUAGACCACAUCUGUAUCAGUAAGAAGUUUGGAGGCUCUUUGCUAAAUACAAAAGUUUGUAGGGGGGCUGACAUUGGGUCUGAUCACUAUUUGGUAAGAGCACGACUGAGAAUGAAGCUUAUGUCAGUGAAAAAGAAGCAGGAACGUAAGCUCGAGAUUCCUGCUAUUGAGCAUCUGCGUGAUCAUUCACUUGUUUCCGAAUACAAUAUUGUUCUGAGAAACAAAUUUGACUGUUUGGAACCUGAGGUUGACCUGGAAUCAAUGUGGGACAACUUCAAGACAACUGUCCAACAAGUUUCCAUGGAAACCCUUGGGCAAAGACCUCGAAAAAAGAAGGACGGGCACCAAUCUCAGAAGACAAAAGAAUUAUUGAAGAACCGUAAGGAAUUUAAGCGUAAAGACCCUAAUUCGAACGCUAACAGAUCAGAGUAUUCUAGAUUGAAUAAGCUCUUUAAAGAAAGUAGCAAGGUGGACGAUAACAACUGGGCACAUAGAAUGGCCAAUGACUUGGAAGAAGCUGCGAGAAAAGAUCAGCAACGUGAGUUAUGGCAGAAGAUCAAUGUCAUAUCUGGAAAGAAGAAGAAGCAGUCAACUGCAGUUAGAGACGUAUCUGGCCAGUUGAUUGCCGACCCACGUGCCCAGAAAGAAAGGUGGAAAGAGCAUUUCUCUUGGCUAUUGAACCCUCCCCCGCAAGAGGCCAAUAUUUCUGACCUAGACAACAUCCUUCCGCAACCCAGUUUUGACGACGUUUCCGAUUCGGAUGAGGCUCCUACAAGAAACGAGAUUGUUGAUGCUCUCAAAAAACUCAAGAAUCACAAAAGUCCAGGAGUGGAUGGUAUCACCAACGAGCAACUUAAGUAUGGACAGGAUGGGUUGGUCGAUCAACUAGUUAUGUUGUUCAAGAAAGUGUGGGAAGAUGAGAAGAUUCCCGAGGAUUGGUCCAAAGGUGAUAUAAUCAUCGUUGGAAAGAAAGGUGACACCUCUCAUUGCGCUAACAACAUAGGCAUUACAUUAAGAUCCACAGCCUCGAAGCUCCUGCAGAUGAUACUCCUACGGAGACUUAGCAAUGGCAUGGAAAAAUUCCUCCGGGAGAAUCAAAGUGGUUUUAGACAGAGUCGCUCAUGUAUUGACCAGGUUUAUUCACUCCGCUGUGACCGAUAA